ACAACAGCCAGUAAGGUCGCUCGACAGGCACCAAGUGAAAGACUGAAUGCAAGUCAUCCUGAACACAGCAGUUUGUCAACAGUCGUGCUCUCAGUGUGUUUAUAUCUAGCUGUGAAGGUUGUAGAAUACUAUUUGCUCACUAGGCUGAUACAGCUCUUUUUUUUCAUUUUGACGCAGCAUAAACACUGUUUAUAAACCGUUAGCUUAGCAACCGACAGCCACAUGGAUCCUCAAAACAGCAACAUGAACGUUGAGGGGAAGGGGCUGCUUAACCACAGCAAGACUCUCCGACUCCACACCGGGAAUCUAGUCAACCGGAGCAGACUGAAGAGGAAGUGUCCAGGCUCUCCCAGCGAGGAGCUAAGAGACUGCAUCCAGGCCACACUGAGUGACUGGUUGUCGACAGCUAAAACUACAAAUGCAGACUUUCCAGAUACACUUGACUGCUCCAUUCCAGAGGCAACAGAUGCUAUCACGCCUGAAGAAAGAGAUGAAGUCAAAGUUUCAGUGAAGCUCUUCCUCUGUGAGUCGGACCAGUCAGCUAUCAGAGAUGCGGUAGAAAGGGCUUGCCAGACAUUGGCAGUGUCCCAGCUCGACUCUGUUAUCAUAGCACCUUCUGGGCCUGUGGAGGGCGACAACCAGACUUUGGCUCACCUGCAGCCGGCGUGGGAGGAGCUGGAGGCUCUGGUCAGGAAGCAGAAGAUCGCGGCCAUCGGCACGUCAGAUCUGGAUAAAGAUCUGCUGGAGCAGCUCUACAACUGGGCCCAGGUGAAGCCCAGCAGUAACCAGGUGAACCUGGCCUCCUGCUGCGUGAUGCCUCCUGAUCUGACGGCCUUUGCCAAAGAGUUCGACAUCCAGCUGCUCACACACAAUGACCCCAAAGAGCUGAUGUCGGCAGCCGCAUUCCAGGAGGCAAUGCAGGAAGGAGCACCUGGUCUGAGCACCACCAACUGGAGGCUCGAUUGGGUCCUUCGCUACUCUGUUAUCGUUAAGAGCCGCGGCAUUAUAAAGUCAAAGGGUUACCUGGUCAGUGCGAGGAGGGCGAGCCCGUAGUACCCAAAGCAAGAGGGAGAGGACGGUAGAAACACGGAUGAAGCCAUUUUCCUCAGUUGUCAUUCUCACAUCGAAAGUUACAGCUUUGAUUAAUGGACACUGCAAGUCAUGAAGUGAUUAAAGUAAUUUAUCUUCCUGAUAUUCCCAGUCUCUAAUUCUGACAGAUGCACUUAGUUGUUACCAGUAUCUCUGUAAA